UAUAAUAAAUAGAAGUUCCAAGCAAAAAGUAACAAAAAUGUCAAAUCCUACAAGUGCAGCAUAUCAGAAAAAUAGUACGCAAUCACCGGAUGUAGGCAUGCAUCCAACAAACGCCACAACAACAACAAUGCCAGGCAUAGCAGCGACGUCGACUAGCAGUUACAGUAGCCAACAAAGCAGUCCACGCCACUUAGGCGACGAGGUCGACGCAGCCUUCGCAAGGAACAAUAACAACAACACAAGUAAAAAUGAGCUUAGUCCGCAUGAAGUGGAGGGAGUGCGUUAUGGUAAAUGUAAAUGGUUUAAUGUUGCAAAAGGCUGGGGAUUCAUAACACCAAAUGAUGAAGGACAAGAAGUUUUCGUACACCAGAGCGUGAUACAAAUGAGUGGCUUUCGUUCGCUCGGUGAGCAGGAAGAGGUGGAGUUUGAAUGUAAACAGACCGAACGUGGACUAGAAGCAACACGUGUUUCAGGACGAAACAGCGAAGAUUGCCACGGCAGUACAUUUCGGCCGCGAACCAAAAAACGUUUUCGCCGUAUACGUUGCUAUAAUUGCGGCGAAUUUGCAAAUCAUAUCGCAUCGAAAUGUGAGUUAGGACCACAACCAAAACGUUGCCAUAUAUGCAAGCAGGAAGACCAUUUAUUCGCCGAUUGUCCUUUCAAAAAGGAACAAGGCACGGCUACAACAUCUCGGGCGACAUCCGAGACUGCAGCUAGUCCAACGACAUGAAUAUAGAUAAACCAUUAUAUACUUUUUCUUAGUUACAAAACUUAAGUACAAAAACAGUUAGAAACUGUUAAGUAAAACAUGAGCGUUGAUAAAGUACAAAAAUGUAACUUAAAUAUUUCCUAUGUAAAUCUAAGCUAAAAGACAAUUUGAAAUAGAUUUUGUUACUUGAU